CGUGGCUCCUCUCCCCACGAUCUCCUCGCCGCUGCCCCCACCCAUGUCGGCCAGUUCCGGUGAGCACCGGCCUCGCGCAACACCCCACCUCCUCCUCCUCCCCUCCCCUCCCCUUCCUCCUCCGCCCGCCCCUUCUCUCUCCUCCCCCCUCCCGGUGGCCGGCGAUGGGCGCGGACAAGGAGGAGCACCAGCCCCCCAUGCAGAAGCGUGAGCACGAGGAGGGGGAGGAGCCCGCGGCCACCGUCCCAAAUCUGCGUCAGUUCGUCGAACAACGACGGUCGUGCUGUUCCGUCGCCGGCGAGAUGUCUACCAAUGGCGUCGAGAUUAACGGGAUGUGUGCUGCGCCCGGGGCGAGGAGCAGUUCCUUCUUCCCAGCGGAGUCACAGGAUUCAUGAGCUUCCCAAACAGUGCGGUCUGUGCCGCCGGCUGUGCGCAGCUGCCUGUGGAUGCAGUGGUGGGCGAGGUGUGCUCUGAAGCCACCAACGGCUGGACACGCAGAAGAACACGGCGAAAAACAAGACAUUGGUAGAUGUUCUUGUUCGCUCAGACAUCUCAUAGGAAGGACGAAGGUGUCCGCCAACAUUGGGAUGGCAGAGCCACACAUUGAUGUAUGGAUAUUUUCUGGUUGCUUGCCCCGUUCUCAAACUAAUAAAAAGGAAGUGUUGCUGCCAUUGCAGCACCAUUGUAGCACCAAGUUCUUUGAGGCAUCAAUCCAUGAUAACUGGGCAUAUCGGUUUAUGCUUAGAUAUAAAGAAACCAAAUAUAUAUUCUUUCUUAUUAUACGGAACCAAUUAUAUUUAAUCCAUGUUAAAAUGAUUAUGCAUUUAUCAUGUUGGAACUUCUUUGUCAAGCAGGUCUCCGCCAGCAUUUGGAAUUUGGGAUGGCAGUGCCACACAUUGAUAUCAAGGCUGUCAUUGCCUUUACCAUGUUUCUUAAAGCCUUUGGUGGUCUCCUUUUCAUCAUCAGUAGCUCAUUCGGAGCGGUCGUACUGGGCAAUGGAUAAAAUCUACUCUCGAUAGUUGAUAGAGGGAGUAGAUGCUAAGUUGACUUUUUUCCUGCGGAUUUGCUUAUCGUGAAGAUGCUUGCAAGGAUGCAGAGGGAGCGGAUCAUUUGGAGAGAUAGGAUGCCACUGUUUGGUGUUUUUAUGCAUUUUGGUUUGCUUGUAACUGUGUUUGCACUAGCUGGGAGUAAGUGACUUCAAGAAGUGUAGGUGUUUUAAUUGAAGGCAUGAAAAGCCAUGACAAUAUGUAUGCUCUUACAAGAUGUGCUCUAAUGCUGCUGGUUUAUUAUAAAUCUUGGAUUAGUAA